AUGUCACUGGCCAAAAUCAAACAUAUUGUUUUGGUUCUCUCCGGAAAAGGAGGUGUGGGAAAAUCUUCCAUUACCACCCAGCUAGCCCUAUCGCUAUCUCUUUCCGGCCAUUCCGUUGGAGUUCUCGAUGUCGAUCUCACGGGACCUUCGAUGCCUCGUAUGUUCAACAUCGAGGAUGCAAAAGUAACACAGGCCCCGGGCGGAUGGCUUCCCGUGCCCGUCCACACGGCCAACUCGGACAAAGGCGUCGGCCAGCUGCGUUGCAUGAGCCUAGGUUUUCUACUACGCGGGAGGGGUGAUGCCGUCGUUUGGCGAGGGCCCAAGAAGACUGCCAUGAUCCGACAGUUUCUUUCGGAUGUGUUGUGGGGCGAAAUGGACUAUCUCCUCAUUGACACGCCGCCGGGCACAUCGGACGAGCAUAUAUCGCUGGCAGAAACUCUGUUGAAAGAGGCAAGGCCCGGUCAAGUUGCCGGCGCUGUUGUAGUCACCACUCCUCAGGCAGUAGCCACCGCAGAUGUCAGAAAAGAAUUGAAUUUCUGCGUGAAAACGAGCAUUCCUGUCAUCGGUGUCAUUGAAAACAUGGCCGGAUUUGUCUGCCCAAACUGCGCCGAGUGUACGGAUAUUUUCGGCAAAGGCGGCGGGCAGGUAAUGGCCAACGACUUCAACGUGCCAUUUCUUGGCAGGAUUCCCAUCGAUCCACAGUUUGUUAUGCUGAUUGAGACUGGACGGACGCCAGAAUACCCGCAGGGCACCGUUAUCAACGGGCAAGACUUCUCCAAAGUGCUGCAGAGCGGUAGCGGUGGCUCCACAGGCGAGGUGACCAAAGACGCAAGCUUGUUAGCAGAGAAGUAUCGAGAUUGCUCGCUUGAGCCCAUCUUUCGAAAGAUAACGCAAGAUGUUGUGACUUCUGUUGGAUGA